GUCGCCAUUUUUGUCUUGCCCCUAUUUUAUCGUGUAUUUUAUCCAAGUCGUCCUUAAAUCAGUCAUGCAACAUGGUUCUAGAAAACGACCUCAACUGGUGGCCAAUUUGUCCAUUUAUAGCUAAUGGGGGAGCCGGGUGUCGAGGCCAUCGGCGACACCAGAAAACGUAAAGCCGACGGCCGAUGGUACAAGCAAAAGUUUCGUGAUUCCUGGUUGCUGGACGAUCGCUUUAAGAACUGGCUGGUAAGCGUUCCCCAGGACCCGUAUCGGGCCAGAUGCAGGCUGUGUAAGGCGGAACUACGGGCUGGUAAGAGCGAACUGGAAAAGCAUGCCAAGACGAAACACCACAGGGACAUGGUGGAUGCCGUGGAAGAGGCAACGACGAUGCUCGGUUUCACCAACCAAGUCAUACAGCCCGACGUGCAGUCAUCUAUGUCGGAAGCCUCCUUCCCGCCACUUGGAGAAGAAGCCCAUAAGGUGGAAUCGAGCGUGGUUCGGCAGCCCAAGGUGCAGUGCUACGCCCCGGAGUUCAAGGGCGAGGCAGUGGUGGAGAACAGGAUCCAGGUGAUCCAUUUGAGCGACUUCCUGGGAAAAUACCUUCUGCUCCUGUUCCACUCGGACGUCUUUAGCCUGGCCUGCCCCACUGAACUGGUGGAGCACAGCGAACGCAUUGCCGAAUUCCGCAGCCUCAACGUGGAGGUGGUGGCCGUCUCGACCGACUCGUGCCGUUCCCAGCUGGCCUGGACCAACACGCCACGCAAGUUGGGAGGUCUGGGAAAGAUCAACGUCUUUCUCCUGUCCGAUUUCACCAAGCAGAUCUCCAGAGACUACGACGUACUGGUCGAAAGUACGGGAUAUCCCAAGAAUGCCACCUUCGUGAUCGAUCCGAGAGGCGUGGUACGUUACACGUGCGUCCACGACUUUGGUCAUCCCAGGCGAGUGGACAGCGUGUUGCAGUGCUUGCGAGACACUCAAUAUGUGGACAAGCAGUGUGAAGCGACCAGUGCCUCUUGGGAACCCAAUCACCACAAGUAGUCACUGUUUAUGCGACAUUGUAAAUACUCAUUCUUUUAAUACGAGUCUGUAAUAUACAUUCAUUCGCUCA